AUGCCGCUACCCGGUGCUUAUGGCUAUCGGCACGAGAAGACCCCCGCCCUUGCUACGGACGUUGCCGGUAUCUGCAAGGCCUCCAGCGUGGUGUGCACGCCAGGGGCAGGAUAUUUGUACAACACCGUCACGGUCAUUGGAAAGAGUAAUCGCGAUCAACCCGCGUGGAACUGCCACAAGCCUGUGGACGGAUCGAUGAUCUCUGGUGUCGCUGUCGGUCGUAUGAGCGCGACAGCACUCGCCAAGCUUAAGGCAAUGAUCGGGCAGCCCUCAGAGUCCGGCAAGUUCUUCUCGCCUAGUUUGAACCAGUGGGGGAAGCUCAUGCCUAUGGAUGACGUUGUUGCCUUCGGUGUCGUUUACAAGGCUAAGGCUGUGAUCAAGUGGAAAGAGAGACAACUCCAGCAGCUCGCAAUCUUCCACGAAUUGCGUCAACGAAAGGUGGAUGCCUCUGCGGAAUUCGAGGAAUUUCCUAAGCCUGCACCCUCCCAGCUGGCGUUGUUACAGAUCUACACAGACGUAUUGGACGAAAACGACACUGCAAGAACGGCAGCAAAGCGAAUCAGCGACUGGGUGCUUUCAGUACCAGAUCGUGAUACCUGCUAUGACAUUUCCAGUGCCUAUGGCGACGUACUCUCCGUUCUAUUCGGAGCCGCACGGGAGCUUUCGUCUCAGAAGCAUCUCGAGAUUCUGGCAGAUCUCACAGUCGAACUCGCCAAUCUACCCGACGUUUAUAACGAUACAGGCAAACCGAUGGUGUUUGAAGAGGGUUCUGUCGCUGUUCAACCUGGGGAGAUAAUCAAGCUGCACUCUCAACCCAGAGCAGAAUUAUGGUCUGGGUUGCCAUAUCUUACUUCUGGCAUUGGGAACGAUUUGCGUAGCGGGCCCCUUCAAUUCCGCCAGGUCUCUGGCAAUGGACACGAUGAUGACCAGGUACCAUCUUGCCAAUCCGAAGACAUGUACACCAACGUCAACACAUUCGCUGCUCUCAUAGCGCGACGAGAUCCGCCACAAACAUCUCCACUGUGCAAUUGUGUCGACUUUGCCUUUGCAACAUUUGCUUUCCUGGAGCAUGGUCCCGGUACGAACUACGAUCGAGAUGCACAUCUUGCAGUUCGCGCAGCGGCUGCUUGGUUGGUGAUCGCGGGCAAACAAGUAAUAGCUGCAGGGUCGCCUUCCACCAAGUAUAGUUACAUUUCUGGCAGCCUAUGGGAGGCUAAAGGCGGUACCAAUACAGUGGAUGUCAAACGGCUACAAUUCUGGAGAAGCCAGUUUCAGAACUUCAGAGAAGCUGGGAGACUUUCGGACCAAAGGGCUAUGGAUGCUACAAUCGAGGCUACAGCAGCUCUUGACGACUUGAUCGCCGCGCAAGGUUGA